GGUCAGUAUGACUGGCCAGCUAUCAGUACAGGAGUAAAAGCAAAGGCUUGAGACACAUCUGGCGAGUGCAACCAGUGCAAAGCCAAAAGCACGGGACGGUAAACUAAAAUCUCUACCAUGGUGAACAGGAGGCGAAAUGGGUCCCGUGCUAAUGGUCGUGCUGGUCGAGGAGGAGUUCAAACACAGCAGCAGCGCAAACGGCCACCAAUUAAGGCUCUUAGAGAACCAGCCAUCUUUGCAAAACAAUCAGGCAGCGCCUCAGACACCCCACAUGACAAAGUGACUUUAGCCCAGGCUCGCCGUGGCACUCCAGCUCAUCGGCCCGUACGAGUGUAUGCCGAUGGAAUCUUUGACCUCUUCCAUUCAGGUCAUGCCCGGGCUCUGAUGCAGGCCAAGAACUUGUUCCCAAACACACAACUGAUUGUUGGUGUAUGCAGUGAUGCCCUGACACACAAGUAUAAAGGCUAUACAGUGAUGACAGAGGAUGAACGUUAUGAAGCCCUUAUACACUGUCGUUAUGUGGACGAGGUGGUCCGUGAUGCUCCCUGGACCCUCACUCCUGAAUUCCUUAAAAAACACAGGAUUGACUUUGUGGCACAUGAUGAUAUCCCAUACACCUCUGCUGGAUCAGAAGAUGUCUAUAAACAUAUCAAAGCAGCAGGAAUGUUUGUGGCUACUCAAAGAACGGAGGGGAUCUCUACCUCUGAUCUCAUCACACGUAUUGUUCGAAACUACGACGUCUACGUCAGACGUAACCUGCAGAGAGGAUACACAGCACGGGAACUCAACGUUGGCUUCAUCAAUGAGAAGAAGUAUCGUCUACAAGAGCAGGUGGACAGAAUGAAGGAGACGGUGAGAACGGUGGAGGAGAAGUCCAAACAUUUAGUGCACCGUGUCGAAGAGAAGAGCCACGACCUCAUCUACAAAUGGGAAGAGAAAUCUCGCGAGUUCAUCGGAAACUUCCUAGAGUUGUUUGGUCCAGAUAAAGCCUGGCACAUGAUCCAGGAGAGGAGUGGCCGUGUUCUCCAGGCUCUGUCUCCCUAUCAGUCCCCAAGAACAUCGCCAAGCUCCAGUCCCACCAGAGGACGCUCUACAUCGCCCGUCACCCACUGGCCCCUGCUACGCUUCCGUUCACCACCGCCUAAAGGAGCCUCUGUCAGCAGCAGUGAGGGUGACGAAGGGGAAAUGUAGAUGCCCUUAAACGUAGACACCCUUACGUUUAAUUUUCUGUAUUUUAUGCAUUAUACAGAUCUACAAAUGCAUGCUGCUCAAAGUCCAAACUGACUUUAUAAUUCUAUAGAAUAAAUUUUUAAAAAGCCAUAAUUUUGUAUUCCCGCAAAACACAGAACUGAACACUUCAUAACUUGUCUUUCGACUUAAAGGCCUGUUCACACCAAAAAAGAAAAAUAUCGCCAACUAUAUUUCACACCAACGUGUGACAACUUUCUGUUUAUUAUAAGUGUGCACUGCUUUCUCUAUCGUUAUUGUUAUAGCUGUGAUGUGAACUUAUGCUCAUAGAAUUAGAAAGAUUAUUAAAACUUAAUAGUUAUUGUUAUAGUAAUUGUCAUUGUUGUGAGCAAAUAAACAUACUUGAGAGUAUUUUAUUAAACACUAUGUAUUUUGAUUGAAAUUAAGGGUGUACCAUUGACCCUGUAUUAGACUGUUUUAAUAAACUGAUUAGGUUAAAUAUAACAUGAGCUGAGAAGCAUAUUGUGAAAUACAACAUGAUACAAUCACAUAAGGAACAUAUAAGAUACUAAUUACAUAUUUAAUAUUAUGCUAGUAUGUUUCUUGACAGUUUCCAUACUGAUGGAUGGAUACUGACAAUGACAUGUACAAUACGAAUAUAGGAAUAUUUUGAAACUAGUACAAAAAAAUCUAUAUUAUAAAUGCCUAUAUUGAAAGGCAUGCUCUCAAUACACACAUGCAACACAAUGUUAUUGAAAUAUUACUCCAGUCAUGAGUCACAUUCUAUUACAAAUGGGCUUUAAUCCAUAAUACCAUUGUGCUUAAACUGGAUCCAAAACUCACCUUAAAGUGCUAUCAGUGCUUUUGCAUUAUGUUUCUUCAGGAGAAUUUAGAAAUGCACUGAAAUGAAAAUAUCUGACCGAAAAAAUACACUGGGUGGAAACUGAAACUAAAAACCAUGCGCUGUUGUUAUAUUAAUCUGUCUAAAUAAUUGAAAAGUAUUUUAUAGUAAAUUUAAUUUCAUAAUAAUUUACACGUCAAUUCAAAAUUUGGGGUUGCGAAGGUUUUUUUGAAAGAUGUCUCUUAUGCCAAAGACUGCAUUUUCAUGCAAAGCAUUUAUUAGAAAACUUUUCUAACAUUAUCGGUGUCUUUACUGAUCAUUUUGAUCAAUUUAAUGUGUCCUUUUUAAAAAAAAUUAAAUAAAAAUAAAUAAAAG